GGUCACUCUUCUCUAGUUUUAAGAUGGUUGCUUCCUCCCUGUCAGAUAAAGCCUUUUGUGAUGUGACGAAAAAAGCGCGAUUUAGUAUGCAAAUAUAGGACACCGCGGUGACAAGUUAUCACAUGCACUUCAAUGAAGCGAAGCAUGCGUACUGUGGGCAUUCUAUGCUUAGAUUCGUGUAAUUAGCUACCGUAUUUGUAAUAUGGCCAUCAAAGCUAUCCGAGCUCGAAAAUAGCGAUCAGUUUGAAGGAAAGGCCUCCAUCUGCAGACCUUCGUAUAUUUGGAGGCAGAGUAAGAUACAAGAGGUGCAGGAUCGGAAAGGCAUGGAAUUACUGCGGCUGUUUUACGGCAUUCAGUCUCCCUCGUUCUUCACUCAUUGUUGUUUUGUUUGUUUCUUUUUAUUGUGGCCACUCCUGGUUGCCGCAACAUUGCCAGAACAUGAGUGUGGUGGAGACAUCUAUCUCAAUAAGACAACUUUCUCUCUCUCAUCACCGGACUAUCCUAGUUCCUCACCUCGUGGCUCUGAAUGUUCAUGGAGGGUGAGCAAUCCAAGAGGGAUGGCAGUAGUUGUUCAAGCUAUUAAUCUCGAUUUUGGAUCAGAGAUAAAAGAUGACUGUGAAAAUGGCAGGCUAGAAAUUUUCAAUGGUUGUGGUUCCGAGCGGUUUCUGGUGGAAAAGAUUUGUCAAAGGCCUAAAACUGAGCCAGUUGGAAUCUUAUGGGUCUCAUCAGGGUCUUGUGUAACUAUAAAGUUCUCUUCAGGGGAGCGUAAAGACAAUAAAUUUCGUCUAAGCAUGGCGGAGAGUGCAGCCUCCUGUGGAGACAUAUUGAAAAAUGACAACAACAAGAACCAAACCUUUGAAGGCAGACUGCCUGCAAACCCUGGAGGAAGCAACAAGUGUGUAUGGAUCAUUGUUGUCCAGAGGGGCAUAAUUGAGUUGGCAUUCAAAGACAGAUUUCAAGUGACAAGCCUUGCCCAGGACUGUAAGGAGAAUUAUGUUCAAGUUCAAGAUGGCAGAUACAGUACUUCACCUGUCCUUGGAAGAUUUUGUGGAACAUCAAGGCCAUACCCUGUGUAUUCAUCAGGGCAGUACUUAAGAAUAACACUGCAUGGAAGUAACACUGGGAUCACCUCUAAGCAUUCCUUCAAGGCACAGUACACUGUUGUAGACAGCACUCCAGCAUCCAAAACCAAUUACUGUGAUCAUGCUUUUUUGUUGGAUGCCAAUGAUGGAAGAUUUUCAACACCGCGAUACCUGGAACAAUAUCCCCCUGGUCUUAAUUGUAUAUGGAAAAUCGAGGUUGCCAGUAAGAACAAGAUUGUCCUCAGAUUUCAGGAGUUUGAUGUGGAAGGGGAUUCACAGGUAUGCCCAGAUGAUUCCGACUAUGCUAAAGUGUACAAUGGCUUAGCUAGCUGGUCCCCGGUGAUCGGCCGAUAUUGUGGCCGAGUCAUCCCGGCCACCAUCAAAUCGAAGACGAACAAGCUCCGAAUAGAGUUCCGAUCCAACAGUCAAUAUGCUGGCCGAGGGUUUGAUGCAGUGUACACUAUCCAGAGCGACGAAGCAGACGGAGAAACAAGGAAUCACUUCACUGGAAUAAUGAUUGGUGCCACUUGUGGUGUCAUUUUCAUCGUGCUCAGUCUUCUGGCCGUGUUCCACACUCGCAAGUUGCGGCGCCAACGGGCUCAGAGCCGGAUAUCAGAAGUAGCCAGCACUGUUUCUUUCGACAUCCAUCAGGCUAAUGCCCCGCCAGCUUAUGAUUUAGUUAUGGCGUCUCCGGAUCUUUUCCCUUCAAAGGAACGCCAACAGUCACGUGGUUACUCCGGUGUUCCACACCUUCAUCGGGAAAUCAGCUAUUUACUGGGUGACCCUGAGUCGGAUGACGAAGAUCUCCCUCCUUAUCCGGGACUUUCCGGUAGGGAUGGAGUGGUGGAAUUUUGUUUUGGUCAACCUUCUGAUGAGAGGAGAAGGUCUCACUCGAAAGAACGUCAUGUGUCCGAAUCGGAACAACCCUCGUGUCAGAUUUCGGCGGUUUGGUACCGACGCUGUUCGACGGAUGCGCCGUCCUCGCCAAUUGUUCGGAACCUCGAGUCCUCUUUGGAAAAUGAAGUGACAACGCUUGAGCGACGGGACUCCAAAGAAACGGUGCAACCUGUAUUCCAGCGAAUGGACACGACUAGUAGUUUUGUGACAGAUGUUUAACUAUUACUUGAGUAGAGGAAAUGUACCAGAAGGAAAGAAGAACCUUCAAGAUUGAAGAGAAUAUCUCUCUUUCAAGCAAAUAUAUCGAACUCGGAAGCCCUUCGUCUCUACGAAUUUCCAGAGGUUGUUACAGCAGUUAAAGUUGCUUUGAAUGAUAGUAUAAAGGAAAGUGCUUUCCAGCUAUCACAUUUGGUUACAUAAUUUGAAUCGCUUUGAAGUUACUGGAUGGGAUUUUUCCCGUUUAGUUUGCGUUGCAGAAUAUUUCGAACUGUUUCGUGUCGCCCAUGGCUUUGUCAGGCUCUCAAUAAUCAGAGUUUUGUUUUGGCAAUCGUGCUAGCUCGCUUAUAAUAAUUUAAUCAUUUUAUUUGGACCUCAAACGGUUAGAAAUUGGGCUCGUGUUGAAACUCUCACAAGAUAUUACCGACUCCUUUCGCGGCUAGAAUGUAAACUGAGAAGGCGACAAACUCGGAGAGGAAAAGGAAGAAAAAGGGUUACCUGGGAAGGGAAAGGUCGACACCUACACGUCUCAUGUCCUUCUACCAUUAGAGAACUGAAUGGGUUAAAAACUACCUUAAAACUACAAGCUCGUUAGGGAACUUUCCUAUAUGCCCUCAAGUUUCUAGUUUAACGAGAAAGUGUAGUUUUUUGUUGUCGUUGUUUUCAGUUUUGUUUUGCUUGUUUUUACUUUCUCCGUGCGUUUUCUUGUCCUUUUUUUUUCCAAGCGAAAGUUUGUUCGCAGUUUGCAUCUCUUUCAAUGCCUUCUUGGUGCACGAAUCUUCUUCAUUACCCGCCUGGUAGGAGAAGCUCCUGAUUUUUGUGCGCGCUCAAGUUUGGUUUUAAAGUUUGUGCUAAAGCAAGAAAAGGAGAUCUUUUAUCUUUUAGACGAUGUAGCAAGGACGUGAUCCCUCUUUCAUUUUUGGCUUUUAUUAAUCGUUGUGCAAUCGUGUCUGCUUUUAACGACACUUUUUUUUAUAAUUAGCACGCCAUCGCUAGCUGCUGCUGUUGUCUCACUGGAAUGCUUGCCGGUUUGAAGUGCUCAGAGGAACAUAUAUCUUAAUGAAAUUAUUUUUAUUGAAUCAGAUGUGGCACUAAAUGAGACAAUUUUAUGUCCGGCAUUCAACGAGUUCCCUUAAUUGGGGAUUGAUUAUCAAUUUUUAUCAAAAAUAAACUGUCAACAACUCAGAUUCGUAUAAUUUAAGAGAGACAAAGUUAUUUCGUUGAAAAAUUAUUUACAAAAUAUUGUAAUUACAAUGACUUAUUGAAAUGAAAUUUGUAUCCUUAUGAAGUGAAACUUUGGGCUGUAAAUAAA